AUGGAUAAAGAUUGGAAGAAGUUAAUAGAGGUGCAAGAGGAUAAUCAGAAGUUCAUUAUCAGAUGGGAGCUACUUGAAGAAAAAGCAAGAGAAGAAAAGACACAACCACAAAAGACUCAAAAUUCAAGUUCAGAGUCAACCCUAAAGUUUCCAGUCAAGGAAGAUUGCUACAAAGCAAUGAAGAUAAAAGACGGAGAGGAAGACUGCUACAAAGCAAUAGAGACAAAAGAUGAAGAGACUACAAAGGAUGGAGAUGAAGGCGUUUUGUUCAAGAGGGAGAAAUGGAAACUAUAG